AUGGGGCUUUCUGCUGCUCAACAAAAGGCCGUGCUGCUGGUCUCCCUGUCCCUUGGCCUCACACUGGCCCUUGGGUUCGGGCUCCCGGAGGUUCUGAAGCUGCUGUUCCGAUUCUUGGGUUUUCCUUGUGAUAAUGCAUCGCAUUGCAUUGUCCUGCUGUACUUUGUGUUAGUGCUGUGUAUGGCACUGCCAGCUGUACCCAGAGGAUCCGUGCCAAUACAGGGUAAAGAGGUGCUGAUCACUGGCUGCGACUCAGGAUUUGGACUUGCAUUGGCGAAACAUUUGCACAAAUUGGGAUUUACUGUAUUUGCAGGGUGUUUACUGAAGGAUAAAAAUGGAGAUGGGGCUCAAGAAUUGGAAAGUAUGCAGUCGGACCGCCUCAGAGUACUUCAGAUGAAUGUAUGCAAUGAGGAGGAAGUCAGCAGGGCUUUGGAGUUUGUGAAAAGGCAUCUUAGAGACCCAGAACACGGUUUGUGGGGUGUAGUAAACAAUGCUGGCAUAGCUACCUACGGAGAUGUGGAAUUUACAGGUCUAGAGACAUACAAGAAGGUGGCAGAUGUGAACCUGUGGGGAACAAUAAGAGUAACAAAAGUGUUCUUACCUCUAGUACGCCGAGCAAAAGGUCGUGUGGUUUGUAUGGUAAGCAUGCUUGGAAGAAUGGGCAGCCCAUCUCGAUCUAGCUACUGUGUAUCAAAAUAUGGAGUGGAGGCAUUUUGUGACUGCCUGAGACAAGAAAUGUACCAUUGGGGAGUCAAGGUGAUUGCCAUUGAACCUGGAAACUUUAUUGCUGCCACAAAUAUUUUCACAAAAGAUGGUGUGCAAAAACAAGCUGAAGAAAUGUGGGAAAAAGCCUCAGAUGUUGUGCAAGAGGAUUAUGGUAAACCUUAUUUCAUUCAACAGGUUGCUAGAAUGAAAUCCUUUGUGAGCUCCGGUUCAAAGAACAUGUCAAGUGUUAUUAAUGCAAUUACAGAUGCUCUUAGUUCAAAAUAUCCAUACACACGAUACAACCCUUCGGAAACCUAUUGGUGGAUAAAGGUCCAAAUUAUGACUCACCUUCCAACUGCCAUUGCUGACAGGAUUUACAUACGUUAAAACUGUAACAUUUGCUACAAGUGAUUUUCUGUUAUUACCAUGAAUUAACUCUAUGGGAAACAACCCCUAAAAAAAAAAAAAGAAUCUAGCUAAUAUUUAGAAUCUUCGAAGACCUCUUUACAGCCAGAGUGUGGACAAUAAAUACAUCAUGCAGGUGGUAUAUCUUUGGAAUAGGUAAAUCAAAUUCAUCUGUCUAUAAAAUGUAAGGGUGACAGGGUCAUGUUUUGUAGGUAUACAUGUAAUCUACACAUUGUGCUAACUAAAUUGCCAGUUGCCAAUAAAUGUAUAGCUCAAAUAACAUACAGUCAUGGGAAAAAGAAACACCCUCUUUGAAUUCUGUGGUUGUACAUUUACAUAGUUUUGUCAUUUCAAUCGAUGACUGUAGCUACCUAGAGGAACAUUUCCUCUAAGUCCAAGAGGACAACUGCAAAACAUAUUCCAUUAUGGUUCAUUUGUGGCUGUAAUGCUAAACAUUGUGUGAUACCACAUGCAUUACUUGGAGGCAGGCCAGGUAAGCGCAAGUCUUUUAGACUAUAAAAGGCUGAGAAUCUCAAAUUAAUUUAGGGAAACAUUUGCACUAUGCAUUUUUUAACUGCAGGAUAUUUUUUAAUGAAAGGUGUCCUUCAAAGUGGACCUCACUCACAAAAAUGAAUUUACAUAAAGAUGCAUUAUAAUUUGGAAUUAUAAUUUCUGAAGUCUUUUAACAAUAUAUUAUUUAACUAAAACUGCCAUUACCCAAGUUGCUGGGAAAAUAUCAUGGCUGCUAUAACCCACUGCCUCUGGAAUGACAUGUAUUGCCAAUCCAAGGUCUCAUGAAAGAAAGUGCAUCAGGUAGUGCCCUUAUAAACACAGAGCUGUAUGUGCACAAAGCCUUUAACCUAUUGAGUGGAGGAUCCACAGAAGUCACUUUUCAAAGAUCCAUGUUUAAUAUGAAUUUGUGACAUGUAUAAUGUUGGCUUUCAAAGAAUCUUUAAUUCAUUCCUGAUCUUGCUAUUAUGGAGUGGGUUUCUAUGACCAUUGAAGCUGGAAAGGCAACAAAAGUCUAUUUUAGAGAGGCAAUGUUAUUACCAUUGAACCUAUUUUACUGCCACCAAUAAUAUCACCUGAGUUAAUAGGAAAUGUUUAUUAAUUACCCAGUUUAGACCUUUAAGCUUUGAGAUGACCCCUAUAUUUGAUCAGCUGACUCCUGUUUUUAAAGGGACACCUU